GGAGGGGGAUCAUAACCACUAAGGAUUCUACAACUUAUAAGGACAUUUAAUGGCUGCAUUUUUGGUGAUGACAAAAGCAUCUAUUAUUUGGAAUGAAUUUUACAUCAAGAGAGUUACGGUUAGUAAAGGUCAGAAGAAGAAAGUAACAUGCCGUGGUUGUCGUAAGUCGUGUUCCGGUGAAGUUCUCCGUGUCCAGAAUGAGUAUUUUCACCUCAAGUGUUUCCGAUGUUGUCUUUGUGCCAGUGCUCUAUCACAAGGAGGUUUCUUCACUAAAGAUGGCAAGUACUACUGCGGUACGGACUACCAGGAGCAGUUUGGUACUAAAUGUAAAGCAUGUGGAGACUACUUAGAAGGAGAAGUCGUUACAGCUCUAGGAGAUACCUACCAUAAAUUCUGCUUUGUCUGUGCUAGAUGCGGGCAUGCCUUCGAUAGCGGUGAUGAAGUUUCACUUGACAAGAGACUAGGCUGCUGUUUCUGUCUUCAAUGUCAUCUUCAGUGCAGCCUCUGUAGGCUGACUAUAUCCCCUGGGGAGAAGGUGACAUAUAAUGGCAAUGAUGUCCUAUGCACUAAAUGUAGCCCUACUGCUAAAGAUGGACCUCCUAAUGGUACACUCCCUACCACCAAGGACAAGAAAAGCUCCAAGUCCAAAUCAUCCAACAAACCUAAGCAAGCUGUUGCUGCAACCAUACGUUGUGCCCAUUGCAGUCAUGAGAUAGUGAAUGGACAGGCUCUGAUAGCUCUAGAGAAACAUUGGCACGUUACUUGCUUCAAGUGUGCCGUCUGUAGCAAACCUCUUAGUGCUGAAUACAUGGGAAGGGAAGGGAAGCCUUAUUGUGAGAAACAUUAUCAGCAAAACUUUGGAGUAAAAUGUUCCCACUGUGAGCAGUUCAUUACAGGCCGAGUGCUGGAGGCAGGAGAUAAGAGGUAUCAUCCAACAUGUGCCAAGUGUGGUCGUUGUGGAAGUCACUUCACCGAAGGAGAAGAUAUGUACAUACAGGGUACUGAAAUCUGGCAUCCUGACUGCAGUAAAAACCUAAGGAUUGUAGAUUUGUCUCCUUUAAAACUAAAGGAGAAUGCUAUGCUGUAUGAUUACAACCGAAACCGAUUGACAUCACCUCGUGCAAGAUCCCUGUCACCAAGCAGCAGUAGAUUCCAUUCCCCAUCCUUAACACCAACCCGCUCGUCAAACAGUCUUAGUCCUCAGAGUCCAGACUUCUCUCAGAGUUAUCUCUCUCCUGAUUCUCUGGAUACUAAGAACCUCUACCCAAGGAUUGUCUCAGCAUCUGCUGAACCACCUACAAGUCCUAACUUUCAUCGACCAGAAUAUGUCAACAAGGCUGAGGAUAUUAAAUACAAAGGCCAGACUUCUAGAGUGACCCCCCAGCAGGUGAAAAAAUGGUCUCAUGGGCGUUAUGGUAGACCUAGACCUAAGAGUGCUUUUGAGAGCCUGAUGCCUAAACCUAAACCAGUAAAGGAUGAAGAACUCUCAAUAAACCUCAUCAAGGCAUCUAAGUUCCCUGCUGCUAAGAAGCCACCACCUAAUGAGCCGCUGAAAGUAGAGAGAGAAGACUGGCCUGGUCCUCCAUUCCCACCUAUUAUUAAACGAUGGUGGAGCAAAUCUGUAGGAGAUUUAGACCUUGAUGCCCAAGAGAGAGAACAGGAGAAUGAGAUGAAAGAUGAGGUUGAUAAGAUGCAAUCAGCAUUGGGUAAAGAGAUACUCAAGGAGGAGUUAACUAAGACUAAGGUGGAUAAUCUAGACCCAAGGAGCGCAUCAAGGACACCAUCAGCUAAGAAAGAACCUCCAAUCUCAACAAGAUAUGUAUCAUCAGCAAAUGCAGAGAGAAGUUCCACUUUGCCAGCCAAUAUGCGCAACUUGAGCUUAAGUGAAGCAUACAAGUCUAGUUCCCUGCCUCUGAGUUCAAGAAGUGGUCCUCCAAGCUGGUUCAAUGAUGGUUUAUCUGAUGGAUAUCGUAGCCCAGGAGGUUGCAUGAGUCCUCCAGGUUAUCUUAGCCCUGUUAGUAUCGGAUACCAGACCCCCUUAGGAUUCCAGAGUCCUAAUGGCUACGCCAGCGAUGUAGACUUCGGCAGGAUGGGCUCAUCAGAGGAUGAAUUACGCAUGCUGAGAAUCACUAGAGGGCGCUCUUUGCCAAGCGUCGUUCAGCAAAAGAGGAAUCACUCUAAGGAACAGAUAUCCCCAGCUUCUAAAGAGAAGGGCAAAUCAAUGUCCAACAUUCCGGUGAAACAACAACGAGAGAUUUAUCCCUUGGGAACUCUACUCACAACAAACUACAGAUUGCCAAAAGAUGUUGACAGAAACAACCUAGAGCUUCAUCUGUCACCCGAAGACUUCUUCCGAGCAUUUCAGAUGCCUUAUGAAGAUUACUUUAUGCUACCAAGAUGGCGACAAGUAGAGCUGAAAAAGAUUAGCUUACUUUUUUGACACCUGACAAUUGUGUAUUAUACCCUGCUAUGCUGCCACAAGUUUGCCUUUAGUCUACAAUAUGCAACUUGCUUGAAUAACUCGUUUGGGUGGCUCUUUUUCCUGUGCAGCCUGUUUCAUACAUAGUUGCUUCCUUGAUGAGCGUGUUUUAGUCUGGUAUACAUUUAUCACCAUCAGUGCCAGUGUGUUUGAUUGCACCAUGCAGGUUGGUUACCAUGCAGGUUUGUUACCAGCAUCCAAGACUUGUAAUGUAUAGAGGAAGGCAUAUGCAGACAUGUUAUCAACAUGAGUGUGUUGGGCAUUGUUAGGUCAGUGCAAAUUGGAUGUUACUCCAAUAAUUGGUUCUGUCAUGGAGCAAGCAAGGUCUCAUUUUAUUGGUUUUGUUAAUAAUUAGAAGAAUUUGAUCAGUUAAACACACGUUCUGUGAUUGCAUUAAGGUAGGUUACAAUGAGGUACAACACUUUGAUAGAUUUUGUCUUAAACUUUGCUGCGGUUUUAUCAUUCUUCAAAACAAGGCUGUAUUGCAUUGUCAACCUUCUUGCACUGCCAUAACAAUGUGCUCACCUAUUGCCCCAGACGGAAGGGAAAAUAAUAUUUUUCUUUGGAUCAUUUAAGUAUUGCUGUACAUUUGAUUUAUGGUUUAUUGUAAAGAGAGUAAUGCUUCGCAUGAGGACAGCCUUCAAAAAGUUACAAUGUAUCUCAAGCUUGUUUGAUUUCUUGCUGUCCAACAUUUUAAAAGAGGUGUUCCAUAGAUGGAAGUCUAUAUUAAGAUUCUAUAAUAUGGAAACAAAAGACCUUCCAUGAAUGAAUUAUUUAAUUUAAUGAUUUAAUAUAAUUUCUGUAUUAAGAUUCAUUUUGCUUUCCUCAUAUGAAUCUAUUUUGUAGGCGACUUUACUGUCUGGGUCUAAUCUGGCAAUAAUUAUGGAAAAGGAGUAAGUUGUGGUUUGGGUAACAUUAGUAUGAGUGCAUUGUCAGCCUAUCUCACUGGUUGCAUGUGUUUCUCCAUUUGGUCACAUUACUCUGUUGUGCAGAAAUUCAGCACAAACCACAAGAGUAGAGAAUGGUUACUGUUUGUGAAUGCCAGGGUAGGCACACAGUUAUUAUAAAUCCUCUUCCAUGCUUUACAGGGUAAUGAACAGCAAUGAUCAGGACCCAGUUGUAUCAAAUGUGCUAAGCAUGCAAAUUGUCUAAGCACAUAAUAUCUUGGUAAGCAAGAAAAGGUUACCAGCCAAACACAACAUUGAUAGUGAUUGUCAUUUAUCUGACAGAUAAGACACACCUACAAAUGUCAGAUAAGUUUGCCCAAUUGUAGGUAGGGUCAGAAAGAUAUUUGUGUCGAUUCUGUCCAAAAUUAUUUUGUCUGAAAUUCCCUUCUUGAUUAGAAAAGUACAUGUAUGUCAACAAAUUUGAAUCUCCAAAACAUGAGUUUUGGAAGUAAACAUUUCCAUGGUAUUCAUUUGUGAAAGCUGUGGCCAGUAUGCGGUUGGUGCCUGCUGUCAUAUCACUUAACAUGGAUGGAUUUGAGAGUCUUGAUGACACUGAAAUACUGUGAUGUGUUUUGCUUCUUUCUCACCAAGUAGACACUGUAUUCAGCGGACAUUUUUCACAGAUGACUUUGAUUUAUCUUUCUUGACAAUUUGGCCAAUUAACUUAUGUUAGUUGAACCAUAAAGAAAUGAAGAGAAUGAGCUCGAACGAAGGGACUUCAAAGUCGAACCCGUGGUACCGCGGUCGUUUAACGACACCUCGUA